CGUACAUCAGGAGAGAUGUGGAUCUAUCUUGCCUUUCUAGCUGUUAUCUAUAUUAUAUAUACAUUGAAGAAUUACAUCAGAAUCCUCAGAUUUAUCUUUACCCUCGAUGGACCGAAGACAGUGCCCAUUCUUGGCAACGCUAACAUUGUUCUCGAAGGAAAUCUGAUUCAAAGGAUGACAAACGAGGCACAGAGUUAUGGUCGUAUUUUCCGAAUCUGGUUGACGCUUCUACCAUACGUUAUGCUCGUCGAGCCAGAAGACAUCCAAGUAGUACUUAACAGCAUGAAGCAUACACAGAAGAUAUUCUUUUAUAAGCUGUUCGAUAAUUUUUUGGGCAAGGGCUUGAUUACGCAAAACGUCGACCAAUGGAAAGUACAUCGAAGAAUUUUGCAACCAAUUUUUCAUCGUCAGGUGCUCGAGAAAUUCGUUGGAAUAUUUGGCAAGUGUGCUGAUCGUCUAGUCGAUAAGUUAUUUGAAAAGGAUGCGAAGGACAUAAAUAUCACCGUAUUUAUCAAUAAUUCGGUUUACGAUAUAUUAAUCGAGACGAUUCUGGGUACACCGACAAACCAAGGAAAAAACGAUGGUGAGGAUGACCCCUUCAGAAAGGGCCAAGUUAUGAUGUCAUAUAGAUUUGCACGACCAUGGUUGCUAAUCGAUUGGAUUUACCGAUUGACAGCAGCUGGAAAAUCGGAGAAGCAGCAACAGAAAGAUCUGUUCAAUUUUUGUUUUAAAAAAAUGAAGGAGAAACGCGAAUUUUUGAAAAAGAAUGGCUCUCUUAUUGCCGAUGAUAGCACGAUUAGAAAAAAAUCUCUACUAGAAUACAUGGUCGAGAUUAGUGAAAGAAAUCCCCAAUUUACUGAACGAGAUAUCAUCGAGGAAUGUUGCACUUUUAUGCUGGCUGGCCAGGAUUCGGUCGGCACUGCUACUGCGAUAACACUCUUCCUUCUGGCAAAUAAUCCGAAAUGGCAGGAGAGAUGUGUCAUGGAAUUGCAUGAGAUUUUUAACAAUGACACAAGGUCGCCAACUAUGCAGGAUCUUAAGAAGAUGACAUGUUUAGAUAUGUGUAUAAAGGAAUCUCUAAGGUUGUAUCCUAGUGUGCCACUUUUUGCUAGAACACUUGGAGAGGAUAUAAAACUAGGAAAAUAUAUAAUACCGGCCGGUUGUGGCGUAUUUAUAGCACCAUACUGCACGCACCGCUUAUCUCAUCAUUAUCCUGAUCCUCACGAUUUCAAACCAGAACGUUUUAGCUCUGAAAACUCUGAGGGAAGACAUCCAUAUGCUUACAUACCGUUUAGUGCAGGACCUCGCAAUUGUAUCGGAUAUAAAUUUGCCACUCUUGAAAUAAAAUCAAUCAUCAGUGCCAUUCUGAGGAAAUGCCAAUUAGAGCCAACCCUUGGCAAGGAGAAAGUGAUAGCUAAAUUUCGAUUGACGGUCAGAGCACAAGGUGGACUUUGGGUCAAAAUAAGAGCGCGCAAUAAACAAUAUAAAUUAACGCAAUUAAAUUAA